CUUUGUCAGUCGGUCACAAUACUGUGUACAUAGAUAACUUUGUAUUGGUUUAAUGAUCUGGUGGUGUGAGGUGUAAGGUUAUCAGUGAUACAACAGCUCAUGUCAGUUUGGCUGUAAUUGUCAUCGAAGCAGCACGAUGCCUACCACCAGAAGAGGCGGCCUUAAGAUUGUAGAGCUCGAUGUAAAAGACGUGAGAUUCCCCACGUCACUGGGAAGCCAUGGAUCCGAUGCUUUACAUACUGAUCCGGACUAUUCCUGUGCCUACGUCACCAUUACCACGGAAAACGGCAGGCAGGGUUUCGGGUUGACGUUCACGUGCGGCCGGGGCACCGAGAUCAUCGUGCUCACCAUCAGGUCCAUGAAGAGAUUCGUACUUGGCAAAAACGCAGAGGAUAUUUUCGCGAACUUCGCUGGUUUUUGGCGAACUAUUACUAAUGAUUCUCAGAUGAGAUGGAUUGGGCCAGAGAAAGGUGUGGUUCAUUUGGCUGUAGCGGCUAUUCUUAAUUCCCUUUGGGACCUAUGGGCUAAGAUCGAAAACAAACCACUUUGGAAGCUACUGGUUGACAUGGAACCUGAGGAAUUAGUGUCAACAAUUGAUUUCCGCUACAUAACAGAUGUCGUUACAAAAAGCGAAGCUAUACAAAUUCUAGAGGCAAAGAAAAGUGGGAAAGAGGCGAGGGAAAAAUAUUUGUACGAGAAUGGUUAUCCAGCUUACACCACCCAAGUUGGUUGGAUGGGCUACAGUGAUGAACUCGUAAAGCAGCUGUGCCAUAAAUAUUUAAACCUUGGUUUCACGCAUUUCAAAGUGAAGGUCGGAGUCAACUUCGAAGACGACUAUAGAAGAUGCAGUGCUGUCCGCAACCACAUCGGAAGUGAUAAAGUUUUGAUGAUAGAUGCCAAUCAAGCGUGGAGUGUCAACGAAGCUAUAGAAUGGGUGAAGAAUUUGGCUCCUCUAAAACCAUUAUGGGUCGAAGAGCCUACAUCGCCCGACGAUGUGCUUGGACAUGCUGCUAUAUCUGAAGCAUUAAAACCAUACGGGAUAGGAGUGGCGACAGGUGAGAUGUGUGCGAACCGCGUCAUGUUCAAGCAGUUUCUGCAGAGUGGCGGUAUGCAGUACUGUCAGAUAGACUCUGCGCGAAUUGGCAGCGUCAACGAGAUACUCUCCGUUUAUAUAAUGGCUGAGAAACUUAAAGUAAAGGUGUGUCCCCACGCCGGUGGUGUAGGACUCUGUGAGAUGGUGCAACAUCUUCAGUUCUGGGACUACAUCUCCCUCUCUGGCACAAUGGAGGGGCGUCUCAUAGAAUACGUCGAUCAACAACAUGAACACUUCAUUGAUCCUUGUAUAGUAGAAAAUGCGAGAUAUCUAACGCCAAAGGUAGCUGGAUACAGUACAGAGUUCCUGCCAGAAACUUUAGACAAGUUUUCAUAUCCCAACGGUACAGAAUGGCAGAGAAUGUUCAAAGAAGGACUUUUUACACUGCCCGACGAAGCUGAACUAGUCAAUUAACAAAUACAAAUAUAUAAAUCGUUA